AUGCCCCCCAGAGCAACACAUCGAUCCCAACUGACGGUCCGAAACAUCAAUCAAGAGGUGGCUCUGCUCGAGAGUCUUGACCAACAGUGCCGAGAAAAACGCGCACGCUACUCGACUGUUAGAGAGGAUGAACCAGAUGACGAUCUGGACUCUGCGUCGCCGGUUUUUGACGUCUUUUUCAACGACAGGGGAGCCGAUGGUAUCAUGACGAUGACGAACUUCAGUCCGUCUGAGUUCAACAGGUUUGUCAACUACCCCUACGCAACCGACGUGACCUUCCAUCAGACCAACGUUCUGUCCGGCAGCUACGCCGACAAGAGUGUACUACAGUGGGUAAUCAAACAUAAUCAAACCUACGGCAUGGGCAUUUAA